CUGCGUUGGGCAUUACACAAAGCCCUCUCAACGUGGAGGCUUCUCUCUGUACCUUCACUCGUAUUCUUGGCUGAGGUUGCAUGAAAUUGGGAAACCAGGUUUGUGGAUCUCCAAGGACCGUCUUCCCGCUUUCUGUUUUUUUUCGGUUUGGCUGUGGAGUCCCGGUAAAGUAGCCCGGGAGCUCCAGAAGGGUGUCGAUCAAUCAGCCCCAGUUGCUAUAUAAGGCACGCUGCUCCGCUCCCGAAAGGAAAAAAAAUUAUCAGCAACCGAAUCCAAGCCCAGUCCUGCCUUCAACUGAGCGACAUUAGUUUGACCCUCCCAACAUGCACCUCCGGCGGCUGCUACAGGCCGCGGCCACAGCUAUAUGCUUGGCAGGUGUUGCAGUUGAGGCUGUCGAUGUUAACCCACUACCCGCUCCCGCUGAUAUCACCUGGGGGACUUCCGGGCCCAUCCAUAUCAGUGAAAGACUUGAGUUUAGAGGACCCAACAACAAUCUUCUCAGGGCCGCCUGGAGGCGCGCAUCUGACGCAAUCAGAACUAUCAGAUGGACUCCUGCCGUGGUCGAAAAACCAAUUCCAACAUUUGAGCCGUUCCCGGGCAGUUCAAAGGCACGGCGCGACAGCGUUUGGCCACCCCAGCGCUCCCUGGUCAGAAUGGUCAAUGUUAAAGUCAAAAACGAGCAGGCCGAAUUACAGCAUGGCGUUGACGAAUCCUACACUCUGGACAUCAAAGAACGAUCUAAUUCUAUUGAUAUCACUGCCAACACCAUCUGGGGAGCUAUGCAUGCCUUUACUACACUCCAGCAGAUCAUCAUUGCCGAGGGCUACUGGCGACUGAUCGUCGAACAGCCAGUCUCCAUCAAGGACCAGCCACUGUAUCCGUAUCGCGGCAUCAUGGUCGAUACUGGUCGUAAUUUCAUUAGCCCAAAGAAAAUCAGAGAACAACUGGACGGAAUGGCAUUAGCGAAGCUCAACGUUCUCCAUUGGCACAUGACUGACUCUCAGUCCUGGCCUGUCAAGAUUAACCGCUAUCCCCAAAUGACGAAGGGCGCCUACUCCCCCCGUGAAGUAUACACGCCAGAAGAUAUCCGCCACAUUGUCCAAUACGCCAGGGAACGUGGAAUCCGCGUCAUCCCCGAAACUGAUAUGCCAGGCCACUCUGCAAAGGGUUGGGAGCAAGUCGAUCCUAAGAUGGUCGCUUGCGCCAAUUCUUGGUGGUCUAAUGAUGUUUGGGCGCUUCACACUGCAGUCGAACCAAACCCAGGUCAACUCGAUAUCAUCUACGACGGAACUUACAAGGUCGUGGAAAAUGUCUACAAGGAGCUCAGUACUCAUUUCCCCGAUAAUUUCUUCCACACCGGUGGCGACGAGGUGCAUCCUAACUGCUUCAAUUUCAGCAGCAUUAUCCGGGAUUGGUUCGCUGAGGACUCUAAGCGUGACUUCAACGACCUACUUCAGGUAUGGGUCGACAAAGCUUAUCCGAUUUUCAAAGACCGCCCCUCCCGUCGCCUCAUCAUGUGGGAAGAUGUCCUUCUCGGCGGAACGCAUGCGCACACUGUCCCCAAGGACGUGAUCAUGCAAUCAUGGAACCUGGGUCCAGAAAACAUCAAGAAACUCACUUCUCAAGGCUACGACGUCAUUGUCUCUUCUGCCGACUUCCUCUACCUUGACUGUGGUUUCGGAGGCUGGGUCGGCAAUGAUGACAGAUACAAUGUCAUGUUCAACCCAGACCCAGCCACACCAAACUUCAACUACCUUGGACCUGGCGGCUCGUGGUGCGCCCCGUACAAGACCUGGCAACGUAUCUACGAUUACGACUUCACCGUCGGUCUCACCGAGGACGAGAAGAAGCAUGUCAUUGGCGCUUCGGCACCGCUGUGGUCUGAGCAGGUUGACGAUGUGGUGAUUUCGACAAAGUUCUGGCCCCGCGCUGCGGCUUUGGGCGAGCUGCUAUGGUCUGGCAAUCGUGACAAGGAGGGCAAGAAGCGCACGACCAAGAUGACUAGCCGGAUUCUGAACUUCAGAGAGUACUUGUUGGCAAAUAACAUUCAGGCGGCACCAUUGCAGCCCAAGUAUUGUCUCCAGAACCCGCAUGCGUGUGACUUGAAUUACAAUCAAUCCGUGAUUGAGUAAGUGGUUGAGUGUUUCCACUGGUACAAUUGAUGAUGGUGAUGUUGUGGCUUCUUUAUUUCAUUACAUGGACAUAUUUUGCAUCAUCCCAUUCCUUGUGCUUGUCUGCAUAUUUCCUUUCCUCUCUUCCAACACACAUGCACAUGCCAUGUUCCAUCUGACUACAUUAAUUGCUGCAUUGCAGCUCAUUAUGUAUUUAUUUUACUUUUUGGUUGCUCACUCCACCUGCGUGCUAGCAGUAUGGUGGUUAGCACCAAGUAGUCUUUGGAUUGCAAUUCCCCUUUUAAUCAAAGGAAAACCAGAGUGGUAAUAUUUAACCACUCUGUUUCUUGUGUAUUCGCAAUGCAGCACUUGUAGUAGAUAU